AUGUUGGGCGUGUCGAUGAUCAUACCGUCGCUGGCGCAGUACGUAAAGUCGAUGGACGGUGGGGCGAUGGUGUUCGGACUGCUAAUGUCAAUCUACGGCUUCAUCCAGUUUUUCGCGGCGCCCAUCGUGGGCAGUCUGAGCGACCACUACGGGCUCCCUGCCGCUCUUUUCAAACAUACACUGGACAUCAUCAAGGUGGCCAUCACGGAUGGAGAGGAGGCCGACAAACGCUCAGCGUCUAUCGGACGUCUCAACGCUGCAGCCAACGCUGGCUUCAUCAUCGGUCCUGUAAUCGGCGGCUUCGUGAGCUCCGUGCCCAAUGGCUUUAACUAUACAACGCUGCUAACCACGGUGCUGUUCGGCGUCAACUACUGUCUCGUCCGUCACCAUCACGACGUGGACUGGAGACAGCUACUGCAAAACGCGUGGACGAAACUGCUAGGCUUCCGCGACAUUGUGAACGAGUCUAAAUCAGCACAAACACUGUUGGUGGCGAGACUCUUGCUGUCUAUGGCGGCUAUUCUGUACCGUACGCACUUCUCCGUGCUUCUUGAGGACAAGCUCGGUAUGGGCUCGAAGGACCGAGGGUUUAUGCUGAGCUACAUGGGGCUUCUAGGCUUCUUCGGUAGCUUCUCGGUGGGAUUUGUCACCAAGUUCGUAAAGUCUGAAAGACUGGUGCUGCAGCUAUCAGCUAUCAUCUAUAUGGGGGUGUUCUUUGUGCUCUCGACCGCCACGACGAUUAGUGCCGUGUACAUUAUGCUGGUGCCGCAAGUCAUUUCCAUCAGCAUCAUUCGUGCAAGUUCAGUGGCGUUACAGACUACGUUCGUCUCGCAGGAGCACGUCGGUGCCUUCAUGGGCAUCUCUUCUUCCUUGACGUCCAUCUCCAGAACUGUGGGGCCAAUUUUGUCUGGGUGGACGUACACCGCUUCGAUCGAUGGGCCUGCAUACGGUGCUGCGUGUCUUGCUGCGGUGAGCGCUGGGCUAUUCUGCUUCUCACCACACUUUACAAAAGUGGGCAACUCGCAAGUUGAAGGCAAGAGUAACAGGAGGUCGAAGAAGAAAGCCGUUGAUUAG